AUGCCAUCCCAAGCAAUCACCUUACUGCUUUUAACAUUCCUAUUGUAUCUCCUAAAAAGUGAAGCUUGUAACGAAGCAGUGUGUGGUAGUAUAGUAAGCAAAUGCCUCUUGACAAAAUCAUGUGACUGUGAAAGAAAUGAAGAGUGCUCUUGCUGCAAGUCAUGUUUUAACUGCCUCUCAGAUCUUUAUACCGAGUGUUGUGCUUGUGUGGACAUGUGCCCGCAAGUCAACGAAACGGAUACUUCUUUAAGCACCAAAUCUCACGUGGAGGACUUUAAAGAGAGCGUAGAAGGGUUGUUCCAAGUCCUUACCGAAUAUUCUGACGAUAGAUGGAAUAGCUUGACGUUUCCAGUGGAUAUAGAUAUAAGUAUGUAUGCAGCCAAGAAGGAGGUUAAGAUAUACAUGAAGACGAAAGAUCAGGAAACAUUUGAAAACUCCAACAUUAUAACUCUGAACUGCACAGUUGCAUACUGGGAGGAUUGUAUGAGUUGGAAAAAAUGUAAGACCAGUUGUCAGUCCAUGGGUGCUUCGAGUUACAGGUGGUUCCACGAUGGGUGUUGCGAGUGUAUUGGCAAACACUGCAUAAACUACGGGGUGAAUGAAAGUAAGUGCAAAAAUUGCCCUUUUAAUGAAGAGGAAGAAAAUAUUGAUGAAGAAGACCUUCUUGAUUACGGGGAAGAAACUUACGACGACUAUGGUUAUGAGGAUGAAAACUAG